UUGAAACGUGUCAGCAUGUCAUUUAAUCAGGUAAAGUUCGGGGAAAUCUCUUACCGGAGGUCUGCCACGUGUCCGCAGACUUGCGACUUCCUUCGCUCUAUAAACUGCACUGGCACUGGAGGUGGAGUGGUGGAGUCCGACACUGCAGCGGCGAGGGCGAUGGAGCUUCAAGUUCGAACUGAUAGUCGGCGGUUGCCGGAGAAUGAUUCCGGCAGCGAGUCGGGGCUGCUGGACGAGCGCGUGCUCCUGCUGGUGUUCCGGUCGAUCAACUGGAACCCGCAGGCGCUGUGCGCCGCCGCGUGCGUGAGCCGAAAGCUGGACGCGGUAGCAAAGCGGAUGCUCUGGCGCGAGCUGUGCGCUGCGCGCGCGCCGAGGAUGGUGGCCGAGCUGACGCGGUCGAGCCGCAGGGUCGCGGGCGGGUGGCUCGCGCUGGCGAAGCUCUUCCUGUUCUGCUGCGGGGCGCGGCCGAGCCGGCACUUCGACGCGGAGGCCGUGACGCCGGGGCAUUUCGCGGAGGCGACCCGGUUCUCGAAGACGUCGGGGCGGAGCUUUCUGGCGCGGCACUGCUGGGGGGACUUGCUGUACGUGAGCGACCCCUGCGAGCACGGGGCGGCGAGCUCCGGCGGGAACGACAUCGGCGUGUACAGGGGCGUGUUCGGGUCGUUCGCCAACUCGCGGACGCGGGAGUGGAUCCUGAGCCGGAGGGUGGGGCUGGAGGCCGGAGUCAACUGCCCCUACUGCCGGGCGUCGGUGUGGAGCAUGACGGAGGCGAGGCUCGUGCCGCGGAGCGCGUCCAGGCGGUUAGGGUCCCACCACGGCAGUGUCGAGUACUUCGUCUGCGUCAACGGCCACCUGCACGGCAGCUGUUGGCUGGCGCCCCUGUCCAGCGGCGAUGACGUGGAAGACUCCGACGGCGACGGCGAAACUCACGAGAACGGUGACGCGGCGAGGCCGUUGAAGAGGCAGAAGAGUUCGUGACGUGGAUGCGCCACGUAGGAUCUGCCGAAUCCUUACACGCCACGUGGAUACGUAAAUGUGAUUAGGCGUUAAGCAGAGUGGCAACCCAUUUUUAGGGGUUGUUUCUCAGAGCCCUCCCUUUGCGGCCUUCUUUCCUUCUUUAUAAGUUUUGCUCAGCCUCUUUUGUUAUCUUUUUCAUGUAAAGUGGAGAUAAAGUUUUCACGGCACCAGCAACAAGAGUUCUUUGUGUAUCUUUCUCUUCAAGCCGCCCCUCUUUUUAUCUCUCUUCCACGUUGUUGUUUGACGUUUAGUAAUAAAGCAUUAUAUACUUCUGAGUCUUUCUUUCA